CCACCUCCUACUCAUCAUCGUACGUACAGAGCAUCCCCUCGCCGUGAAGCCCUCUGCGUGAAGCUGCCCAUCAUGAACGACGACGAUGACUUGAUGCUCAACUUUGCUGCGCCAGUGGCUAGGCCAGCAGCCAAGGCAAAGGGAGGCGCAGCUGCCAGGGCCAAUGGUAACAAGAGGCAACAGCCUCCUGCUGCCGCUGCCGCUGCUCCUCCAGCUCCAGCUCCAGCUUCAGCUACACCGGCCGCAAUAUCAACAAAGAGGAUCAGGAUUGAUAGCAGCAAACCGCCACUACCCUCGGGACGCCCUGCUUCAAGCUUCAACGAUCCCUCUUCUUCAUCUACUGCAGGACCAUCAAGGCCAAAGCCAGGAAUGAUCAUCUCUUCUCUCUUCUCUGGAGCUCCAAGCUCUUUCACAGUGGUAGAGGAUGAGGCCGAUUCGCGCAAGCCUGCAAAGCCCACCAAUGCCCCCGGUGAUACUUCAACCUUCGACGGUCUGGGCCUCGACCCUCUCCUGGUGGCUCACCUCAAGUCCUCCCGCAUGUCCAUCGGCAACAGGCCGACCGGUAUCCAGAGAGCCGGUUUACCCGCUCUAAUCAAUGGCGACGCUGCUCGCGAUGUCCUGUUGCACUCUCAGACGGGUUCCGGAAAGACACUCACCUACCUCUUGCCCAUCUUGCAGAGCCUGCUGCCCCUCUGUACGGAGACUUGGAUCGACAGAAGUGUCGGAACCCUCGCUAUCAUUCUGGCACCCACUCGUGAGCUAGCGCGUCAAAUCUAUGAGGUAGCAGAGAAGCUCUGCCAGCUUCAUCUAAGUCUCAAAGAGCAGAAGGAAGAGGCAGCUGCUGCUGAGGGCGAAAAGGAGGACGAGGACGAUGCAGUGAGAAGAACUCGGUGGCUCGUUCCAGGUCUACUCUCUGGAGGGUCGACUAAGAAUCACGAGAAGGCGAGGCUGAGGAAAGGAAUCCCGAUUCUUGUUGCCACGCCUGGACGGUUGCUUGACCAUCUUCAAACCACCAGCAGCUUUGACGUUGGCAAAUGUCGAUGGCUGGUUCUCGAUGAGGCCGACAGACUGCUUGAGAUGGGCUUCAAGGAAACACUGGAAGGUAUCCUCAAAGCGAUGGAUGGCAGGCGGCGGCUGGCUUUCAAUACUGCAAAGGAGACUAUGAUGGAGCAGAGGGGAAUCACCAGCGGAGCACUGCCAAAUGAGGAAGUGGAAGAUGGGACUGGUGUAAAGUGGUGGGCCGAUCCUCGCAAGGUCGUUCUUUGCAGUGCUACACUGGAUGAGAAUGUCCAGAUGCUUGCAGGAACUCACCUGCGGACGCCUCAAGUCGUCAGAGGGGGAGCAGACUUGGCGCCGCUGAAGCCAUCGUCGACAGAGGAAAGUGGCGACCUCAAGCCUACUGCCAAGUCAGAGACCGCUUUACUUACGGGCGGCUCCUACUCUAGACUGGCAGCUCCAGCGCAGCUGCGACAACAUGCUGUCAUCGUCCCACCAAAGCUUCGUCUCGUCACGCUCAUUGCUCUUUUGCGCUCGGCUCUGUCACGGAAUGCUGCCAACGUGGACGCCCGCAGGGUCAUUGUCUUCAUCAGCUGUACCGACAGUGUCGAGUACUACUGGAACGCUCUUGGUGGAGUCAGGAUGGGCGAUGACACUGAAGCUACUGACGAUGAAGAGGAGGAAGACAUUGCAGUGGAGGAGGACACAUCAGACGUCGAUCCUGAAGAUGGUGAACUCAAAGCGCCAGCGGCCAAAGCUCCCGCCAAGGCCAAUGGCAAGCUGAGGCCCUCCAAAGGCAAAUCGUCUCGCAAGGUCGAGAAGUACUGCGACCUUUUCCCAAAGACGCCAGUCUUCCGACUGCACGGUUCACUCGCCCAGUCGGAUCGUAUCGCCAGUCUGAAGGGCUUCUCGGCUGGACUCGGCAAGAAGGUCAACACAUCUCACAAGGAAGGCGCGAUCCUCUUCUGUACAUCGGUGGCUGCGCGUGGAUUGGAUUUGCCCUCGGUCGGCUGCGUCAUCCAGCUAGAUCCGCCUACGGAGGGUGGACCAGACGAGUACCUACAUCGAAUCGGUAGGACAGCUCGAGUAGGAAAGGAUGGAGAAAGUUGGAUCAUGUUCCUCCCUCACGAGAAAGAGGCCCGAAAGAGACUAGAGGACGCGAUGCAGAGAGAUGUCGAAGGCGAUGCAGCAGCGAAGAGUGCUUCUUCAUCCGUCAUUGCCGAAGUCUCGGCCGAGACGGUACUCAAGAGAGGAUUUGGCGGACGAGGUGAUGAGUAUGAAUCGAGAGCUACCGAAGUGCAAUUAUCCUUCGAGAGAUGGGUGCUGAGGAAAGAAGAGGCUGCUGCCCUAGCUCGCCAAGCUUUCAUGUCCCACAUCCGAGCCUACGCGACACACCCUUCCAACGAGAAGGACCUGUUCCACAUCCGCUUCCUCCAUCUCGGUCACCUGGCCAAAUCCUUCGCCCUUCGAGAAGCUCCAGCAAUGGUGAAGAACAAAGCUCGCGGCGCAGCAGAUGCAGGUUCUGGCAGCCUUGCCUCGUCAGCUAUGCUCAAUCGGAGAGACAGGAAGCGAGAGGACAAGGCUGGUCUGGCCAGGGGGGAGCCUCGUGUAGAGGCACAUCGAGCAUCCAACAGAGCGCGACUGGCCGCAAAGGAGGAGCGCACGAAAGACGACCCGGCUGCUAUGUUGGCCGCUGCUAUCAAUGCGGGCCGCAAAGGCCGGGUUACCGCUGCUGAUGCAGACGAUAUUAUGGAAGGCAUCGAUCUCAGCAGCCUCGGUGGUGCUGGUGGCACAGGUAAGGGAGCAGCAGGCGGCGGUGGUAACAGGGGACAGACUGGUAGGAAUUCUGAUGCGGAGGCUAGGAUGUACGCGAAGGUCAGGGCGUUGGGUCGACAGAGCAAGAGUGGUGGAAAGCUGGCUGCUUAUGGAGCAGAUGAGUUCCAGAUCGCCUGAGAGUAGCUUCUGUGGAUGCAAUGUGUUUGACAAGACUACCCUUCAGGAACUACAUCACCGUCCCCAGAGGAUCCACCCGAUGGCCUGUACUACAAUCUUCCUACCAUCCUCGACCGAGUGAGGCUGGCCGACCUGAGGGACGUGAAUGAACAAGACCUGUGUUUCAGGCUGCUUGCUUGGCGCACCGUCUAUGCUACCUCCAUCCUUUUCAUUCCCAGUCGAGGAAGAGACAGUAGCACGACGUGACUCGGCUAGAGAGCAGUAGUAUGUAAAGUCACAAAGAUACCUGCCUGGAUCAGUCGAGGCAGACACGGGACCACACCCGCGCGCCUCGAGCAUAGCUACCAGCCCAUCCACAUCAAUCGUCGUCUUGCAUACAUCCUUAAAGUCCUCGUACCCCU